GGAAGACUGUGGAAGUGAGGAUGACUUUAUAGCCAUGAACAAUAUCUGUGCCCUGUCAGCUCAAAUGUUGGCAUUGGUGGACGCUCUUAAAACUAUGGUGGAUGACGAAGGUAACAUUGACAUGGAUCUCCUCCACAAUAAAAAACACAAUGAAAUCAAAGCCACUUGGACCAAAAAGAAAUCUCAGCACCUGUUAGAAAAAAUUAGAAAAGAAAGAAAGUGCAGCAUGAAAAAUUUGGCAGUGAAAAUAUGUAAUUACAUAAUAGAAAUUUCCAAUAUAUUAAUUGCAGUAGUAGAGUCAGGGAACAUAAACAAGAAGGAACUGUUAAAGAAAGUGGAUGUUCUCUCAGAUGAUAUCAUUAUUUUCGAUAGCAGAAGCAAAUCCUGUCACCGCAUAUCCCCUUUUGGUCCCAUGGCGCCAAAUAUGGCCAAAUCCCAGAAAAACGUUCAAGAAGAGUCGACGUCGGCAGUGAAAAACAGUGUUUUGAAAAUAGAGCAAACUAAAGAAAUGCUGAAGAUGAGCCAAGAAGAAUACCAGAAAAGUUUCGACAACUUAAAGCAGCAGAAUAAGGAUUUGCUGGAUGUGCUCAGUGAAAUGAGGAAAUGUGAAACAA